UCGAAUGGCUUAGUAGGUGAAUGAAGUGUGCAGUGAAUUAUUUUCUAUAAACUGUCAUUAAAUUUUUAUUAUAUUAAAACAGUUUUAUGUUUUAAUUUUUUUCCUAUUUAUUUGUACAUAUAAUUAUAAAAAGUUUAAAAUGAGUGCAUCUGUAAUAUUUGUAAACAAGUUUCAUCAACUACUGUCCGUUCGCAGUUUAAAUGCAGCUAGAUACUUGUCAACUUCAAAAUUAUGUUCACAAAAAGAAGAAUGCAAAGUCCUAGUCGUUGGUGCUGGCAGUGGAGGAUGUGCUAUGGCAGCAAAGCUUUCCUCAAAACUGGACAAAGGAAGUGUUAUCGUUUUAGAACCUGCUGAUAAACACUACUAUCAACCCAUGUUCACUUUAAUUGGAGGUGGUAUGAAACGCCUAGAACAAUCAUGUCGUUCAAUGUCUGAUGUUAUUCCAAAAAAUGCCAAAUGGAUUAAAGAAAAGGCCAUAGAAUUUGAUCCAAAAUCAAAUACAGUAACAACAUCAUCUGGUAAAAAAAUUACCUACGAUGUAUUAAUCGUUGGUACUGGUUUACAAUUAAACUAUAAUAAGGUUCCUGGUCUCGAAGAAGCUCUUUCAAUACCAAAUGGAAAUGUUUGUUCCAUCUAUUCACCCAAAUACGUCGAUCGAACAUAUGAAGCCUUACAAAAUAUCAAAGAAGGAAAUGCAAUAUUUACAUUUCCAGCAUCGCCAGUUAAAUGUCCUGGAGCACCACAAAAAAUAAUGUACAUUGCAGAGCAUUAUUUUAGAAGGUCAAAUAAACGAAAUAAAAUCAAUAUCACUUACAAUACUGCAUUGCCAGUUUUGUUUGGUGUAAAAUACUAUGCUGACGCAUUAUGGCCAAUUUGCAAGGAACGCAAUAUUAAAGUAAAUUUGAGAAGAAACCUAAUUGAGGUUCGUCCAAAUGAGAAUUUGGCAAUUUUUCAAAAUUUAGACAAACCUGAAGAAAUUUUUGAAGAAAAGUAUUCAAUGCUACAUGCUGUCCCUCCAAUGAGUGCUCCUGAUGAAUUAGCCAAAUGCACCGAAUUGGUUAAUGAAACUGGUUUCGUUGAUGUUGAUAAAAAUACUAUGCAACAUGUUAGACAUAAAAAUGUAUUUGCUAUUGGUGAUAGCUCCGGUUCACCAAAUUCUAAAACUGCUGCUGCUGCAGCUGCCCAAUCACCUGUAAUCUACAAAAACAUAAUAGCUUUUCUGAACGGCAAAGACCUCAAAGGCUCAUAUGAUGGCUAUGCAUCGUGUCCACUUGUAACUGGUUAUAAUCGAUGUAUAUUGGCUGAGUUUGAUUAUGACUUGAAUCCUUUGGAAACUUUUCCAAUACCACAGAACAAAGAACGAUAUUCAAUGUUCUUUAUGAAAAAGGAAUUGAUGCCUUCACUUUAUUGGCACAUGAUGCUUCCAGGUUAUUGGAAUGGACCAGCGUUAAUGAGGAAUGCAUUAUCAGUUUUUAACAUUGGGACAAAAAAGAACUGAA